CAUCUUUGUGCAGAGAGAGAGAGAGAGAGAGAGAGAGAGAGAGAUCUGCUGUCUGUGUUUACAUUUCGUGGUCGGUAGUUGACAUUUCGCUCGCUGUAGAUUUGCGUGUUUUUCAUGUAUUUUCCGGUCUCUAACGCCGCCAAUACAGUGGCGGCAGGCAGUGUGUGUGCGUGUGUGUGUGUGUGCGCGACAAAGAGAGACGGACAGAGAGAAGGGGGGAUGAACAUAAGGGCAGGAGGAGUAUUUUGGUCAGCACUGGUCAGUCUUGCCCCAUACACACACACACACACACACACACUAGUGAGUGUGCAGUGUGUGUGCGUGUGUGUGUGUGUGCGCGACAAAGAGAGACGGACAGAGAGAAGGGGGGAUGAACAUAAGGGCAGGAGGAGUAUUUUGGUCAGCACUGGUCAGUCUUGCCCCAUACACACACACACACACACACACACACUAGUGACCAGUGUUUCCAUAUUCCCUGGAGCUUCCUCCUGCAUUAAACACCACCAAGCAUCAUCAAAGAGACACGACUGCUUAAUGACAGUGAUGGAAGCAGAAUGUUUUCCUCGGCAUUGGUCAGUCUUAACACACACACACACACACACACACACACACACACACACACAGACACUAGUGACCAGUGCUUCCAUAUUCCCUGCAGCUUCCUCCUGCAUCAAACACCACCAAGCAUCACUAGAGAGACACGGCUACUUAAUGUAAUGUGAGUACAGCAAUGACUGCCUCGGUUAACAUCACCGCCUACACCAUAACACUCAACCCUUCCUCCUCCCUCCAGUAGCGUCUUUCAGUUCUUCAUUAUUAUUCGUUAUUAGGGUACUUUUUGAGAUUAUCGAUUUAUAUUUUACUUAUGUUUAUAUCUGAGUCGCGAUAUAGCUUGAAAUUUAGUAAAAAAUAAUGAAGGAUCGUCAAAAUGACAUCUGCGGUAGACAUAGGUCGUCCCUACUCAGCCAUUAUUUGCUUUAUUUCUCACGUAUUGUAAGCCAAACAUGUCACAAAAUGUAGCCUCAGUUCGAAUUUUCAUGUCCGCCUGUGAGGUAUAUCGCCAUUGCCUGGCUUUAGUGUGAUAACAGAGUAAUUAAGGCAAAUUAGCGGCCGCCAUGUUUGAUCUCUACAGGCCCCAGCCUGCUCUUCGGUUCCAAUAUAUUUUCGUUUUCCUUAACUCUUUAAGUUCGGUUUCUAAGUAAUUUUUUGUGGUUUGUAUAAAUGUUUCGUUGCUUAUGAAGUGGUUUUGAGGCUUUUGUUAAGGAAAUGUGUUGUAUUUGCUGUUGUUUAUAACGUAACUAUAGGCCUGUUUUUGGGCUGAAUUUUACGGAACCCCAUUGUUGGCUUUUUUAUUCGAGGCUAUAAUGAAGUUCUUUAUACUUUAAAAAAUCGCUUAUGAUUUUUAAACUGGUUUGCCGUCCUGUUGAGUUAAAUAUGUGGACUUUAAAAUGAUUUGUGGUCCUGUUAAAAGUCGAAAUGUUGACAUUUUUUAUUUCCUUAUUUCCUUAUUUGAGCUUUUAAGUAACUCUAGGUUAUUUGAAAAAAUAGUUCAGAUUUUUUAAAGUGCUUUGCAUUUCUAUUAAGUUAAAAUGGGUGGACUUUUCAAUGUUUUUUAUUCGUGUUUAGGUUCCAACACUUUUUUUUACAGAUUUAUUUUUCAUUCGUUUACUUCUGGUUCUAGGUAAGUUUUAAUUGAUUGAAAAGAUAGUUCAUAUUUUUAAAGUGUUUUUAUUUCUGUUAAGUGAAAAAAUAGGUAGACUUUUCAAUGGUUUUAAUGGGGUCAAAUGUUCCAACGUUUUUUUCAUAAUUCAUAUUGAUAUUUCUUUCAUACUACUGAGGCUGGAGAUGUUAUAAUAUUAUGAAUAUUUAUUAAAGUAAUUAUCAAGUCAGAAUAUAUAAUGCAUUCCAACCUAGCUCCAUUUUUUCUAUGGGUCAAUUUUAAAAUGAAAUACGUUACGCACGUAUCCUGGCGUGACGUCACGACCUCAGGUGUGACGUCAUCAGGGGGCCAGGGGGGGUCUCUGCCACAGACCCUUAUCUUCAAUAUUUCGAGUAAUUUCUAGUAUUUUUGACGUUUUUCCGUGUGUUUCUUAACUCAGGCAUGUAGAUAUUAGUUGUAGGAGGAAGAAAAAAGAAUAAAUAGGGAAGGAGGACGAAAAAGAAAGGAGAAAUGAAGGAGGCAAAACAGGGAAAUCCUAAGACAACAAUAUUUAGCUUAGUUUUCUAUGCUGCCCUGCCUUUGUUUGUAAUAUUUUCCUUGCCUGAGAGUGUCAGACUUUUUAAUGUGUUUGGAUGCGUUUUUUAGGUGAUUGAGUGUGUUUGGCGUGUUUUGGGUGCAUUUUGGUUUGUUCGGGUUUGUUUUGUAGGUGUUUGAAUAUGUUCGUGGGUGUAUUUUUUGUGUGUUUGGAGGUGUUUUGAGUGUGUUCUGGUGGUUUUAGGGUAUUUUGGAAUGUUUUAGAUGAUCUUGGCUGCCCUUUAAAGUGAUUUUGGGUGUUUUGAG